CAAAAUUGUGCAACCACGGUCUUUUUUCUUAAUGUGUGGGAUGUAUGACGCUCAGAGUCAGUGUAUACAAUGUCGGAUGGCAUUUCUGAAGAGAAGAAGAUGGUGCCGUUCAGGAACAUUGAUCAUGUUGUUAUCAAAGGCUAUUAAGAUCCAAAAGGCCCAUUAAAGAAGGGCCUUUAUAUGCAUGCGUUCACGUUUUAAAAUGUGCAAAGCCCCUUUCUCUCGUGCGAGCGAUUCCUUGACAAACGGAAAGAAGUUAUUAGACAAGUCACAAGUAGGAACACAAAAACUAUAUAUUGCAGAUCAAGUGUUCGUUGAAAUGUCUCACUGUUCCCAUCUUCUACAUUAUUAUGCCCAUCUGUGCCAGCUUUUCAGAGGGCGAUAAUCCUUCCAAUACUUCUUUUGAAGCCUCUCAACGCAUCAAACUGGACAUGGAUCGUUCAAAUGAAUCAACUAGAGCCAAGCAUAAUCAGUAUCAUUCACUCACCGAAACAUCAUUGAAGCAAGAGAUUGAUCAGCUCGAGACAAGACUGCAAGAUCAGUUUAAGGUUCGUUGUACAUUGGAGAAGGCUUUAGGUUCUUCGUACAUGCUGACUGAAGCAAACGACAUUUCCAUGCCCAAGCCAGCUAUUGAUUUGAUCAAAGACAUUGCGGUUCUGGAGAUGGAAGUUAUACAUUUGGAACAGUAUCUUCUUUCAUUAUAUCGAAAAGCCUUUGACCAGCAAAUCUCUUCUGUGUCCCCAAAUUCAGAGAAGAAAAAGAAGCCAAAGUCUCCUCCUGUUGCAACCUCUACAAGGCGUCUAGACUUCUCUGAAGAAGAUGAUACCGCCACCCCAUCGAAAUCAUAUCCUCUGCUUGAUGAUGAUGAUCAAAAUCAACCAAAGGAAACCGAAAUUCCUGCAGGUGGCAGAGACCAACUGGAGUCCAGUUUUCACCGUAGCCACUCCCAGCGUUCAGCAUUUGAGUCGAAGAAAGCUUCUUCUACAGAAGAUUCUUGGAGUAAGGCCAUCCGCUCAUGCCACUCCCAACCGCUGUAUCUGCACAAUGAAGAAAAUGUAAUCAGUCUAGCUGAACAUCUUGGCACCCGAAUCUCGGAUCAUGUUCCAGAGACGCCCAACAAGUUGUCUGAAGGAAUGGUCAAGUGUAUGUCAGAAAUAUACUGCAAGCUUUCAGAGCCUCCUUCUAUACUACAUCGACGACUUUCAUCAUCUACAAACUCCUCUUCAUCAUCGAGUGCAUCAUGGAGCCCUGGAUUGGGAAACAGCAGUUCCUCUUUCGAUAACUCUUUCCGUGUAGAAGGAGAGAAGAGCUUUAGUGGAGCAUACAAGAGCAUGGUUGAAGUGCUUUGCAUUUACAGAGAUGCCAAAAAGGCCAGUGAGGUCGAACAUCUUCUGCAAAACUUCAAGUCGCUUAUUAGUAGGUUAGAGGAAGUCAAUCCAAGUAAGUUGAAACAUGAAGAGAAGCUGGCAUUCUGGAUAAAUGUGCAUAAUGCACUUGUAAUGCAUGCCUUCUUAGCUUAUGGGAUUCCACAGAACAAUGUGAAGAGAGUCCUACUGCUACUCAAGGCAGCCUAUAACGUUGGUGGACACACAGUUAGCGCGGAAGCAAUACAAAGCUCAAUUCUAGGAUGCAAAAGGUCUCAUCCUAGACAGUGGCUUAGACUGCUAUUUGCUUCAAAGAAGUUCAAAGCAGGAGAUGAAAGAUUAGCUUACGCAAUCGAUCAUUCCGAACCUCUCCUACAUUUUGCUCUUGCUUCUGGCAGCCACUCCGAUCCCCCGGUUCGUGUAUAUACACCAAAGAGAAUCCAGCAAGAACUAGAAACAUCUAAAGAAGACUACAUAAGAAUGAACUUAAGCCUACGCAAUCAAAAAGUCCAGCUGCCAAAGCUGGUGGAGAGUUUUACAAAAGAGUCCGGUUUAUGUCCGGCGGGUUUGAUGGAGAUGGUUACCCGAUGUAUACCGGAAUCUUCAAGAACAUGUUUAAAGAGAUGUCAAUCAGGUAGUAAAUCACGCAAGGCCAUUGAUUGGAUCCCACACAGCUUUACAUUCAGAUAUCUUAUUCUUAGAGAAGCUGCCAAAUGAAAAAUUUAUUCUUUCAUAUAAUGUGUGUAUAUAAAAAGAUCGUCCCCAUUUUCUAAUUAUAAUAGUGUGUUGUGUUUUGUCUU